AUGCCUCCAUUUAACAUCAGUCCCAUUCCUUCUGAUGAGUUCAGCUUUGGUGAUUCAGAGAAAAUUGAUCCAACUCCAGCAUUGGCCACAGAGAAUGUGGUAACAGUAGCUGAUACUGCCCGACUGGAGGAUAACGGUGUGAAGGAGGAGGUGGAGGAUGAUCCGUGGGCACUUCCCCAGCUCGAGAGCCAGGGACCCCGAUGGAGCGAAUUGGAUCGCGUUGGAAAGGUGAAACAAGUCUUGAAAAGGAUUGCCAUGAUCAUUCUGCUCAUUACCUUUCUUUACGUCUUUGUUUGUUCUCUUGAUGUCCUCAGUUCAGCAUUUCAACUAGUUGGAGGGAAGAUGGCUGGUGACAUAUUUGGUGAUAACACAAUCCUGGCCAACCCCAUCGCUGGCCUGAUGCUGGGAGUGUUGGUGACCAUUCUGGUACAGAGUUCCAGCACAUCCUCAUCCAUCGUGGUUAGCAUGGUCUCCUCGGGCUUGCUCAAUGUCAAGGCUUCCAUUCCCAUUAUCAUGGGGGUCAAUGUGGGAACAUCAGUGACCAGCACCUUGGUAUCCUUAGCUCAGUCUGGAGAACGUAAUGUGUUCAGGAGAGCCUUUGCGGGUUCAGCAGUACAUGGGAUAUUUAACUGGAUGACAGUUGCUGUCUUACUUCCGGUUGAGAUUGGCACUGGCUUUCUGUACCAUGUCAGCAAGGCCUCUAUCGAAGGCUUCAACAUUCAGUCCGGAGAGACUGCACCAGACAUCCUGAAAGUCAUCACAGAGCCCUUCACUCAGCUAAUCAUCAAGUUGGAUCAGUCAGUGAUUGCAGCCAUUGCAACUGGAGAAACAGGGGCCAGGAAUAAGAGCCUCAUCCAGAAGUGGUGCAAAUUUAAUUACCUAACAGUUUUGAAAAAUGAAUCAGUGACAAAUCAGACUGAGUGCGAGGUUUUACACUGCUUUCAUACAGGGAAUGGAACCAUCGCACUGAAAAACAGCACAGAGACCCAGAACCUGCAGCUGUGUCACCAUUUGUUUGUGAACACAACCCUAUCAGAUACUGCAGUUGGGUUCAUCCUGCUUAUAGCAUCAUUGUUUGUUCUGUGUAUCUGCCUGGUCCUCAUUGUAAAGCUGCUGAAUUCAGCUCUGAAAGGAAGGAUGGCCCAAGUGAUGAAAAAAGUGUUCAAUACAGACUUCCCUUUUCCCUUUGGUUGGCUGAAUGGCUAUUUGGCGAUUUUAGUUGGUGCCAUUAUGACUUUCAUUGUUCAGAGCAGCUCAGUGUUCACAUCAGCGAUUGUCCCACUCAUAGGGAUCGGUGUGAUCAGCCUGAAGAGGGCAUACCCCCUGUGUUUGGGGUCAAAUGUUGGAACAACGACCACAGCAAUACUGGCUGCCCUGGCAAGCCCAGCGGAACAACUGGGCAAUGCUGUACAGGUUGCUCUCAUCCAUCUGUUUUUUAACCUGUCUGGAAUUCUCAUCUGGUAUUGUAUUCCGUACAUGCGCAUCCCGAUCUCACUGGCCAAGGUGUUUGGGAAUGUUACUGCUCGCUAUCGUUGGUUUCCCAUCAUGUACCUGCUGCUCAGUUUUAUCCUGAUCCCAGGCACUCUCUUUGGGUUGUCCAUGGCAGGUUGGAUAGUGCUAGGAGCCGUUGCUGGGCCCAUCUUCAUCAUCCUCAUUCUCAUUGUCACCAUCAACAUCAUCCAAAAGAAGUGCCCUCGGAUUCUGCCCUCAAAGCUGCGAUCUUGGGACUUCCUACCCCUCUGGAUGCACUCCUUCAGCCCACUGGACAGAGUCCUGACAUGUUGCUGUGCCCACUGCUGCUGUCAACGUUGUCGGACAAUGGCAGGCAGUGCCCAGACGCCCAUGCCAGGCCAGCCCCAGAAACCUGCUUCAUUGAAGGAAAGUCACUGCUAUGAUAAUGUGGUGAACGUGGAAAGCACACAUCUCUGA